AUGGGCGAGACCAAAGAGCUUUCUACGGACAUCAGGGACAACAUGUUGAUCUGCACCAGGCUGGGAUGGGCUACAAGAGAAUCGGAAACAACUUGGAGAGAAAAGAUCAACUGGUGCAGUUAUCAGGAAAUGGAAGAAGCAACCUCCCUCGCACGCAACGUCCCCCUGCUCAAGAAGAAACAUGUACAGGCCCGCAUGAAGGUCGCCAUUCACCACCUGGACGACUCAGAAGAGGCCUGGAAGAAGGUGAUGCGGUCAGAUCAGACCAAAAUCUCAACUCGUCGUGUUUGGAGGGCAAAGAACAUGAGAGAGCUGAAGAUGGGUGGAGGAUGGGUGUUUCAGUACCACAACCACCCGAAGCACAUCGCCAUGGCAACAACAGAGUGGCUGAAGAAGAAGCACAUCAAGGUUCUGGAGUGGCCUAGCCAGUCUCCACACCUGAAUCCAGUUAAAAGUCUUUGGAGGGAGCUUAAAAUUCCAGUUGUCAGCCUGAGCCAUUGUAACCUCUCAGACAGAAGCUGUGAGACACUGUCAUCGGUUCUUGGCUCCUACUCAUCAAGCUUGACAGAGCUCAACCUGAGUAACAACAACUUGAAGGACUCUGGAGUUUUCCUCCUAUGUUCUGGACUGGAGAGUCAAGAUUGUGCCCUGGAAAUUCUGAGGCUGAGCUCUUGUAACCUGUCGGGAACCAGCUGCAAACAUCUGUCCUCGGUGCUACGGUCCCAGUCCUCUCGUCUGACUGACUUGGACCUCACUAACAAUGACCUCAGCGACUCGGGGGUGAACCUCCUGUCUGCAGGCCUGGCAAGUCCACACUGCAAACUGCAGACUCUGAGCCUGUCAGGCUGUCUGAUCACAGAGGAAGGUUGUGCUUUUCUGGCCACUGCUUUGAGCUCCAACCCGUCUCAUUUGAGGGACCUGGACCUGAGCUACAACCAUCCAGGAGAAGAUGGAGAGAAAUUGAUGACGGCUCGAUUAGAAGAUGGCCGUUCCAGACUGGAGACUCUCAGGAUGGAGCCUGCUGGAGUCCAAUACUUGAAACCAGGUUUAAGGAAGUGUAAGAAGGUGACGCAUGAGGAGGAGGACCAGCUCUACUCGGAUCAUCCGGACAGGUUCGACUGGUGCCGCCAGCUGCUGUGCAGAGACGCUCUGUUUGGCCGCUGCUACUGGGAGGUGGAGCGGAAAGGAAGAGUUCAUGUUUCAGUGACUUACAGAGGAAUCGGCAGGAAGGGAGACAGCGACCUCUGUGAGUUGGGAUACAAUGAAAAGUCCUGGAGUCUCUUCUGCUCUGACGGCAUUUACUCCGUCUAUCACAACAACAAAGGAACAUCGGUUAGUCUCAACUCCAUCUCCUCCUCCUCCUCCUCCUCGGUCACCAGCAGAGUGGCCGUCUAUCUGGACCAUCCUGCUGGCCUGCUGUCCUUCUACAGAGUCUCCUCAGACUCGUUGAUCCACAUCCACACCUUCAGCACCAGCUUCUCUGAACCUCUGCAUCCUGGGUUUGGAGUCGGCUUCAGGCCGGGUUCCUCCGUGUCUCUCUGUUUGGUUUAGACCCGGAGAGACGCGUUCCAUCAGUCCUGCUGAAAAGCCUUCAUGCUUUUAGCAUCAUCAUCAUCAGUUUGAUCCAAACGUCUUGCUUUAUCGUCUUUGCUGUUACAACAUUCAGGUUUUCUGAAACAGUUUUUUUCUCCAUAGAUUGA